AUGAAUAACGGGAGCAGUGUUACAGUAGUUGUGGAGAUAUGUUAUCGAAGCUUCCAAGUCGGAGCUUUCGCAUUCUAUGGCGAACUCCAACAUCUUCUACGUUUCAAAGUCGAAGUUACAGCUGGAAUAAUCCGUUUUCGAAUGCCAGUACAAUGUGCACAAAACUGUCUUCGUCCUCAUCCGAUCUUAAAACCACCAGGAGAGCCAUCGUCGAGAAGCAGCGGUUUGCUGAAAAUGCGACAAGGUUACUACAAUUUUUUUGUCGCUAUUCGGAUGCUUAGGUCAUCACAUCCAAAUAAUGCUGGUAAAGGCCAAAUAGUGAGCGAGUAUGAGGAUCAAACACAACUGUGUCUCGAGCUGCCAAACCGACCGCGAUUUGCUGGCCAGAUAGUUGUUGCUGCUUCUUGCGCAAUGGGUUUCAUAGCAUUAGACCCAUUUCGAAUCCGAACUGCUCAUGCAGAAGCCCAACCCACAGAGGAGAAACUGACACCUCCAAUCAGGAAAGAUUUGCCUGUCUUCAAAAAAGAAGAAGUAAAAAAGCACGGAAAAGGUGCGGAAAGGAUAUGGGUAACAUACAAAUCGGGAGUGUACGAUGUAACCGACUUCGCCGAGUCACAUCCUGGUGGUAACAAAAUAUUACUCGCUGCUGGUGGGUCAGUUGAACCAUUUUGGGCGCUCUACGCUCAACACAAAACUGAGGAGGUAAUGGAAAUACUUGAGGAACUUCGGAUUGGGAGUCUAGAUCCUAGUGAGGUUGAAAUUUCGAAGGAGGUCGAUGCCUCCGAUCCGUUUUCUACCGAUCCAGAACGACAUCCUGCAUUAAUUGUCAAUCAGCAACGUCCCUUUAAUGCUGAAACACCUCCAUCUCUUGCUAUGGAUAACUUUCGAACACCGAAUGAUCUUUUCUUCGUCCGAAAUCAUAUGCCUGUUCCAAAGAUCGAUGCGAAGAACCACAGGUUAUCGGUGGAGGGGUUGGGAGUGAAACGCCUCAUGAACAUUUCAGUUGACCAUUUAAAAAGGAAUUUUGAACCAGUAUCAGUCACGGCUGCAAUUCAGUGCGCCGGUAAUCGUCGAGAAAAUAUGAAUAAGUACAAAAAAUGUCAAGGGUUAAUGUGGAAAGAAAAUGCGAUAAGUAAUGCUGAAUGGACUGGUGUUCGAUUGCGAGACUUACUUUUACUGGCUGGAGUAAACCCAAACGAUCCGAGAAUAAAGUAUGUUCAUUUAGAAGGAGCCGACGCUGACACCGAAGGUCAGUGUUACGGUGCGUCAAUACCCUUUGAGAAGGCUAUGAGCUCAGAGACCAUUGUUGCAUACAGUAUGAAUGGUACUGACAUUCCUCGUGAUCAUGGAGCACCACUAAGAUGUGUUGUACCUGGAUUCGUUGGAGCGAGGCAAGUGAAGUGGCUCAAAACGAUACGCCUUAGUGAUGUAGAAAGUCCAAGUCAUUGGCAGCAAAAAGACUACAGGGUUUUUUCAACUAGUACAAAUCUUGGCGAUGACCUUGACUGGAAAUCUGUGUAUUCAAUACAGGAAUACCCAGUUCAGUCGGCUUUUUGUAUUCCUCCACCUGGAACAAAGGUUGAGAGAGCUGAAGGGACGGUAGAUGUUGGUGGUUAUGCUUGGAGUGGUGGUGGUCGUGGUAUUAUUCGUGUAGAAGUAAGCGGUGAUGGCGGUAAAACUUGGCAACUAGCUGAGUUAGAACAGGAUGAAAGCCAAGAUGUUGAUCACAUGUGGUCUUGGACACUUUUCCGUGCCAGUAUUAAGAUCCCUGAAGGAGCAGAUAAGAUGGAACUAGUAGUUAAAGCGACAGAUCGUGCGUACAACACACAGCCGGAAACACCCUCUGGAAUAUGGAAUUUAAGAGGACUAAUAAAUAAUGCUUGGCACAGAGUCGAAGUGGAGAUCGUGGACUAA